AUGUUUGCAUAUGCGCAGGAGUCCAGAUACAUCAUAAAGGAUCCACGCACUCCUCGGAGAAAAACUCCUGUGGGUUUAAUUCGAGAGAAAAGUAAUGUCAUCCUUAGGCAGCUACUUAGGACAAGGCGACCAUUCAUUGCAGAGUUUACUGAUGCCAAGGGUAAUGAGAUAUUCACGGUUCGCCGGCCUUUUAGGUGGAUCAACAGCUCCAUUUAUGCAGAAGUGGAUGGCAAGGAGGUAGGUGUAGUCCACAGUCGUUGGCAUCUUUGGCGUAGAAAUUAUGACUUGUACUUAGGGAAUAGGCAGUUUGCUGUGGUGGAGAAUCCUGGAUUUUGGAGCUGGUCCUUUACCCUGCUUGAUGAGGAUGAUAAUUUAGUAGCCAUAAUUGAUCGCAAGAUUAGGGGAGUUGGUUUGGAGCUCUUCACGGGUGCUGCCCAGUAUGAAGUUUGGUUUGGUGAUGCUGGAAAAGGCACAGAUAAAGGUUUUUGUCUCGCUAAAGAUAUGGACAACGACCUUCGCGUCUUUCUGCCGCUGGAUUUACCCGAGAGGGCUGUGGCUCUUGCUCUUGCAGUGUCUCUGGACCAUGACUGCUUCUCCAGGAGAUUGGGCUGGGUUCUUCGUCUUUUAGGAGCAUGA